AUGUCCGUGCGCAUCAAUCUACUGGACGAAACGGAAUUCUUACACGAAAUCAAGGAUGAUUUACCGGGCCAGGCAUUGUUGGAUGUUGUUUUCGCCAGACUUAAUUUAAUCGAAACUUCAUAUUUCGGCAUACGCUACAUUGAUGAGGAGAAUCAGACGUCUUCUCGAUCGUCAACCCCAUUCUGCGGGCGUGUGUCCCCACCAGGCAGUGACCAGUAUCAACUGUUUCUACAAGUGAAGCAAGAYGUCUUACAAGGCAGAUUACCGGUCGCAUUCGAGUUGGCUGCAGAGUUGGGAGCAUUCGUCGUGCAAUCCGAAUUGGGGGAUUACGAUCAGCGGCGUCACUCCAAAGGCUAUGUGUCCGAGUUUCGUUUACUGCCGAAUCAGAGCAGUGAACUGGAAACACGUGUCGCCGAACUUCAUCAGCAAUUAAUGGGCAUGUCACCGGCGACAGCGGAGCUAAAUUAUUUGGACAAAGUGAAAUGGCACGAUAUGUACGGCGUGGAUUUGCAUCCGGUGUUGGGCGAGGACAGCGUCGAGUACUUUCUGGGCCUGACGCCAAGUGGCAUUGUGGUGCUGCGCAACAAGACGACCGUGGCUCAUUACUAUUGGCCGCGCAUUGCCAAAGUUUACUACAAAGGACGCUAUUUCAUGCUGCGGAUAAGCGAUAAAAAUAACGACCUCAGCACCUAUGGCUUUGAGACGCCGCGAAAAACCGCUUGUAAGCAUUUGUGGCGCUGYUGUGUGGAACAUCACGCCUUCUUUCGCAUGGUACGCAUCGCGCCUUUGCCGAAUUCGCAAUCCAAUAAUUCGGAUUUAUUUCAACUCGGUUCGCGUUUACGCUACAGCAGUCGCACGGAGAAGCAGCCCACGGCCAAGGAUGCACUCUCGCUGGGCCGCAUACAGCCGGCAUUCACACGUGUCCCCUCGAAGCGCCAGCCAAGACGCGUGAUUGAUGAUUUUCUGCACGGCAGUAGAAGCGCCAGCAACACGCUGAAAGGCAAAACGGUCGGCGGUCACACCAACGGCGGCGUAGGCAGCAGCGUCACCGACAGCGGCGUCUAUCAGAAUGGUGGCGGCGGCGGCGGCGGCGUUAUUGGCGCGGGCAUGCAAGCGGCCAACAUGAUGCCCAA